CUGCAUGUAGAAAACAGUUCCUUGAUUUACUCUUUAUCCUGUAGUCUUAACAUGUUAGCUGAAUUAAAAAUAUAUACAUGUAGGUUAUCAACGUCGUUCAACUGUUAGAUUUUGUCGACAAUUUCCGAGGACCGCCCGACUCGGAAACUGGUUUUUAGUACUCCUCGGUUGUGCUUCACGUCGCCACCUUACAAAUGCCCAUGCUUCCUUCAACAUAGCAGUGCUGGCCAUCAUGGGUCCACGAUACAGAAAUCAGGGAUCAAACCGUCUCACAAAGGCCUCGCAAGGCGAUGGUAAAAAGAUCAAACAUAAUAAAUCCCUUAAAAAUAAGGUCAGAGACGUACAGAGACUGCUUAAAAAGAGUGAUCUUCCAGCAACAGUGAGAGUUGUUCAGGAACGCAUGCUUGAUGUCCUAAAAGAGACAAUUAAAGAUAAAGCAAAGGAAGACAAACAGAGAAGGAUUGAGAAAAGAUCUAAAAAAGUCAAAUUCUUUGAGAAAAAAAAGAUCUUUAGAAGGUUCAAAUCUUGUAUGAAAGAGCUCAGUGAUGCAGAGGAUAUUGAAACAAGGAAUUCUGCACUGAAAGAACUUGAGGAGAUCAAGCAGCAGUGGAAUUAUGUUCAACAUUUUCCAGAAAACACAAAGUAUAUUUCAUUAUUUCCGCUGACAUCCCAUACUAAUGCAGAAAUUGUUGCAAAACAAGAAAAAAUCCAGGAAACUAUUGCAAAGAAGGUGGAAGCUGGUGAGUUGGUGGAUGCAUCCAGUACAAUUUGGAAAAUGGGCAAAGCAUCUCAAAGAGCAAAAAAGGAAAAACCUAAUGUGGUAUUGAGUGAUGAAGAAUUUGGACGAGCUGCUACAAAAAGAGGCAGUGAAGAUGAAUCUGGAGAUCAGGAACUACCGCUAAAAGUCAACCAUGAAGAGGAUGACUUCUUUAUGGAUUCAAGUCCAAGCCCAGUAAAAAAAGAGGUGAAAAAGGAGAAGAAGAAGAAGUCGUCAAAGAAACUAAAAAGAUCCCAGUUUAAAAUCGAGAAGAAAUAAUUUUUUUUCUCAAACCGCUGCUCAUUUCUAAGAGGAUGUCUUUCAGGUACAUACUGCAGCUAAUGUUUUCGUAAAAUUAUUGUUAAAAAAAGAAAAAGAGAACUGAUUACAAAAUCAGAGAUAGUAUUGAAUUAAGUCAGCUUAAAUAUAUUUUCGUAUGUUUCCUCAGAAGUAGUAAAGCGUUAAUAGUGUGAGUUUAUUUAUUAAUGACAUCGAUGUUGUCGAAAUUUCCAAAAAUAUUUAUUAAAACCUCAACUACACUUUUGUUGGUAAGAAAUAUAUCCUAUUUUCCUUCACAUUGUAUGUGAAAUAAAGUAAACGACAUUUUCGGUACGUGACGUGAAUUUUUUUUCAUUGAGAAGCUACAAAGAGGUAAUACCUGUUUUCAUAACCAUUACGGUUUCUUCAAAUGUGAUUGGUGAAUUAGCUGCUUUAUUUUCCACUAAUCAUUCUGUAGAGUUGUAAUCGGACGGUGUAAAGGGACAGUUGGCUGUAAUGGGACACCUGUCAUCGUACUGUUGAAGCAGCUAACCGUACUUAGUCCACUCAGCUAAAUCCGCUAAUCUCAGAAUUUAUCACAGUAACCAUGGCAAGAACCACUUAUCCUUAAAAAAAAACUGUGUAAUUUCCAAAAUUGAAGAAUUUUUUACUAUAGACAUCGUCUCUUCUGGAGAUGUUUAUCCUAAAUGUAUUUUUUUUUAUAGGAAAUUGCAACGGUUAUGAUUAAUUGGCGACUGGACUUCGUGUCGUCCAAUUGGGUUUGUAAUCAUACCCGUGAUUGACAAAUCACUCGUAUGAUUACAGACCGAAUAGGACUCUACUCAGUCCUAUACCAUUAUCAAUACACAUUAUUGAUUAGUUCCAAAUUAUUAACAGAAUUUUGAAAUAAUAUAACUUUGGCAGAAAAUAAAUUUAGUGAAUAGGAAAUUGCGUUGGGUUUUCUCUACUUCAAAAUGUGAUUGGUCCGGUAAACUCGCGCCACUUUUUCAACCAAUCACAUUGAAAGCUAAAACCAAUCAUCGCGACUUGGUCACCCGCGUCUUCCCGCGCUUCGAGCAGUUG